UACAGCUGUGACAUCAUCUCUCCCGUUUCACCCUCCGGCCGAUGACUGGUGGUUAAAGUACAGGGAUGAGCAAUAAGGACAGGAUUAAGUAGGACCAUGCGAUAAAAGGGCAAUAAGAAGGCUCGCAGAAAGAAACGGCUUCCUCCGGCACUGGGGAAGCUCGGGGAAAGAGGCAUCUGAGUGGCUGUCAGAAGCACAGUAGGAUCUUGAUAAGAAGAAGAUGAGUAGCAGACGCUGUGAGAAAGUCUGUAGGAUGCUCACAUUCUCCACUCAUUCCCGACUGGCUCCCUUAGGAUAAACGGCAUCCGUCCAAUGCAACCGAGGUUUGAAAGGUAGAACGUCAUGACAUGAAUACCCUCAGCCUCCCCCUGAACAUCCGCCGAGGGGGUUCAGACACCAACCUCAACUUCGACGUCCCGGAUGGUAUCCUGGACUUCCACAAGGUCAAACUCAGCGCCGACAGCCUGAAACAAAAGAUCCUAAAGGUGACGGAGCAGAUCAAAAUCGAGCAGACUUCCCGCGAUGGAAACGUUGCCGAGUAUCUAAAACUCGUCAGCAGUGCGGACAAGCAGCAGGCUGGGAGGAUCAAGCAGGUCUUCGAAAAGAAGAACCAGAAGUCGGCCCACUCGAUCGCCCAGCUGCAGAAGAAGCUGGAGCAGUACCACAGAAAGCUGAGGGAGAUUGAACAGAACGGGGCCUCUCGCUGCUCAAAGGAGACUUCUAAAGACAGCCUGAAGGAGAUACACCACUCCCUGAAGGAUGCCCACGUGAAAUCCCGAACUGCUCCCCACUGCCUGGAAAGCAGUAAGUCGAGCAUGCCGGGGGUAUCCCUCACGCCCCCCGUGUUUGUCUUCAACAAGUCCAGAGAGUUUGCCAACUUGAUCCGGAAUAAGUUCGGCAGUGCUGACAACAUCGCUCACUUGAAAAAUUCCCUGGAGGAGUUCAGGCCCGAGGCCAGCACCAGGGCCUACGGAGGCAGCGCUACCAUCGUGAACAAACCCAAGUACGGCAGUGACGACGAAUGUUCUAGCGGCACGUCAGGCUCGGCAGAUAGCAAUGGGAACCAGUCCUUCGGCCCCGGUGGGGCCAGCACACUGGACAGCCAGGGGAAGCUGGCCAUGAUCAUAGAGGCGCUAAGGGAGAUCAAAGACACCCAAACCCAGCUGGCGGAGGACAUUGAGGCGUUGAAGGUGCAGUUUAAGAGAGAGUAUGGCUUCAUCUCUCAGACUCUGCAGGAGGAGAGAUACAGGUAUGAGAGGCUUGAGGACCAGCUUCACGACCUGACAGAGCUGCACCAGCAUGAGACAGCCAACCUGAAGCAGGAGCUAGCCAGCGCUGAGGAGAAGGUGGCCUACCAGGCCUAUGAACGCUCAAGGGACAUCCAGGAAGCCCUGGAAACUUGCCAGACGCGCAUCUCUAAGCUGGAAUUGCAUCAGCAGGAGCAGCAGACCCUGCAGACGGAUGCCGUGAACGCCAAGGUGCUGCUGGGUAAAUGCAUCAACGUGGUGCUGGCCUUCAUGACCGUCAUCCUGGUGUGCGUGUCCACCCUGGCCAAGUUCGUGGCACCCAUGAUGAAGAGCCGCUUCCACAUCCUUGGCACCUUCUUCGCUGUGACUCUUCUGGCAAUAUUUUGUAAAAACUGGGACCAUAUUUUGUGUGCCAUAGAGAGGAUAAUAAUCCCGAGAUGAGCCGUUGCUUCCCGCCUUCACAUCCUCUCAAGUUUUUAUUUUGAAGAAAACUCUGUUGCAGACUACCAAAUUUCUGAACGAACGGCUGUGCCAAAGACGGCGAGAAGGACUGAAGCUGUGGUGUAAAUAAUUAGCGUCUCCUAACCCGGUAGCAGCUGCCAACACAGUCCCUGUCCGUGGUUAACACAAAACCGCCCUAGAGUUCUCCCCACAUCGCUCAUGGCCUUAAUCAGAGCAGAUCUCCGGCCCACCUGGCGAGCUCGGCGCGGUAGAGCCCCAUUCACUGAGCGCUUGGCACAAAGAGCGACCCAGAGGAACGGGCCUCCCUGUGUUUCCCAUGAAUCUCUGUCACAUUGAGCUUCGUGAUUGCUAGCAGCUGCGUGCUCUCUGAGCCCCACAAACAGCAAGGAUAUGGCAGGACUGGGGGAAGUGAGCAAACACAGGUUGUCAGCAGUGUUGAGCUCUUGGUGGUGGUGGUGGUGGGGUCUGCGGAAGCUCAGUCAGUCUCUCUGUGAUCUAUCCCACUUGUCCACGGGUGGCACUGCGUCCUGUUAUGUGCCCGGUGUUCACAUUGGUCAAUUGUAUAUGCCCCUGUACCAUGCAAAUCUUAUCGCUGCUUCUCUGGCAGAAGUCUGCCUAACCAGUAGCCCCGCACUUUACACAGUAGACACUAGGAUUUACAAAUGGGCUCACCUCUUCUUCUGCCCAGGGAACCACACACCCGAUUUCAUCUCACCUGGCUAGCAGGGCUCUGCUCUCGGAGCGUUCAGCUCGUGCUUUUGUCCAACUGCAGCUUUGAUAGCGCAGGGUGUUGCAAGCAUCCCUGGGAGGCUCAUGCUCAAUCUGGCGAUGGUUAGCUGUGAUAAAUCCCCUUAGAGGAUGGCAUGCACUUUUCGUGAUUCACUUUGCUCUCAGGUCUGCGGAGACCAGAGUCCAGGGAAUGAAAACAAAAUCAAACUCCAUACAUCGUAUGUGUGCCAAGGCAGGACCCUGGGGGCCUAAGAGGGAUGUGACCUCUUGGUCUGAUCGGAUGGUGGCUAGGCGAGUGGGAGCCCUUUACCCAGACGAGGUCAGGAGGGUCCACUUAGGGACGCGAAGGGCAGCGAGAAUAAGAUGAAUUAAAUCCAGUGUUGAAGCUCAGUUGCUGUCUGUCUCGUAGGCACAUAGUAGGACAAGUUCUGAGGUCACAGGAUAAAUGCACUGCCAGUGAGCAGAAAACAUGCAAGAGCCGCUGCAUUCGGCGGCUGCCGUUUACUGAGAAGCACAAAGAGGAGAGAGAAGGUUGUGCUGGACGCUGCCAGCCAGUUCCUGGUCCUCCCACUGCACCUGCCAAAGGUGUAAAGAUGCAGUUAAAUGUUUGCUUUCUUCCAGAAGAUGCUCUCCAAGAUCUACGGAUCAUCACUUGCAAAUUCUUUCUUAGGGACGUUCUCGGGGUGAUAGGGGUGUGUAAAAGCGUGCAACAGUUUAGUAUAAGCCCGGCUUAUGUGAGUGGGACUCGUAGAACUCCAGCCUUUGCCCCCCACUCCCAACUUUUAAAUCAAUAAUUAGAAAAUUCACAAAGUAUUUAACCAUUACCCUAACCAAUUCCAGAGUCAAGCUUUUUAAAAAGUAAUAAACAUCAUGUAGAGCAUUUGGAAACCAGGGAUGGGGGAGUUCCCAGCCCCACUCCUAUCCAUGACUGUGUCCCCACACAGGACCGAUGGAGGUUUCUAGUCCAAGCAGGGAGGAGGAGAGAACCAUGAUCUUCCUUGAUUCUUGUAUUUUAAUGGCCUGCUCCCUUACCUGGAGGCAUCAGACUCCCUCUGCCUACACCUUGAAGCAAGCUGGGCCAUGCCCAUCCCCCAUUGUCGAUUGUCAAUAUUUCCACAUGGCACUUACAACAUGUCAGGGCCUGGGGUGGCUCUGAGUGCUGCUGGUAGUUUAUAGAAACAGUAUGAAUUCAGCCUUAGAGGCUUAGGUCUACAGGAGAACCCAGGGAGAGCAGGCUUGUUCUCAUGCCAGUGCACACCCCAUGCCUGCACAGCCUAGCAGGACUCUCUUGAUUGACACUCUCAGACCUGUGAGGGAGUAGAGAGGAAAGUUAGAGCCAGCACACUCCAUGCUCUUCAGUCUGAGCUUUGGGUAGAAUCUGUCAGAAACAGGCACUGUCCUGAACUAAUGGAGUGGGGGCAGGGGGCACCCAAAUCAUCAUGGACUCCUAAAGAAUUCAUUGAAUUCCGUUGGCUCCAACUAAUUGUCAAAUCGCCUUCUUUACCUGGGUAUGCCUAGCCUGUAUGGCGCCCUUGCUUCGGUCUUACAGAAGGUUCAUGAAGCGUUUUAUUUUUUUAGGAAGAUUGCAGAGUUCAAAGAGACUUUGAUCGGGCAGUGCAUUAUUCUCUUAAGGGCUAUAACCCCUCUUUUGCUCUCUUGAACACAUAACAUACACACUGAAGAAAUAAAUUGUAUAAAUACACAACUAGAGACAAUGGCACAACUGUGACUUACCUUGGGACUGGGACUGAUUCACAAUUGAGUCAGCCAGUCUUGUUUUGCACUUUACGUUGGUAAUAAACAUCUCACGUAUUUCUAGGGGGUGGGAACCAUUUGGGAUGAGCAGGCAAGUGCCUGCUCCUUUAAGGGGCACUGGCGAGGCAUUCCAGAUGCUGGACUCUGGUUCUUUGGUGACAUUAUCACGAUCAAUCACCAGCGUCGUGAUUACCGAGGACAAAACAGAACUUAAACAUAUUAAGAAUGGCAAAUAUGAAAAAUCGUCCCUCUGUGGGUUUUGAAUUUUUUUCAGCUCAUAUUUGGUAUAUGAUUAAUCUAGAAUAGUUCCCCCCACCAAAAAAAAUUGAUGUGUCAGUGAAAGUACUCUCGCUGAUUUUUUUUUUUUUUUUUUUUUUUUUUUUUUUUUUUUUUUUUUUUACUGUGAACACAGCAGCCCCCAUCCCAAGCUCCUGGCUUGUGGCUUAGUAGUGUUCAGGUCUUCUGACCCUGUCGGCUGCCGUCAUUCACAUUAACGCCCUGGCACUCUGGUUUUUAUUGAAGGAUUUCCCUCUGUGUAUACUCACUGCCCUGCCUGCCUCUGACAGCAGGCUUCAAUACAGGUCAGAAUGUGCUGAGGGAGCUAGUUUGCCCCCCAAGCAACUAAUUACUUUGGUUCUUGGGGGUUGAAUUUGACAUGCCAAAUUAUUUUGUGUUGUAUGGGAAUGUAGAGUGGGUGUUUUGUUGUUAUUUUGCUUUAGUGUUGAAUCCAGACCUAAUUGUUUGGGUUUGGAAAAACACGUAUGCUUAUUGAUAAGGAUGAGUGUGGUUUAACAACCUGACUUGCAUGCUUCCAACUUUUGACCUUGGACUGGGGGAACAACUACAGGUGUAUGUGGAGAGAGGGUUUAGAGUUAGUAGGUAACUUUUAAGGGGGUCUAAAUAGACAGAUUACAGAAAGCAGAUUGGCCAAUUUGUAUCAAAAAUAAAGAGCUUUAAGAAAAUGUGUCAAUGAGAGGAACCAGGUAACUUGUUAGAAAUAAAGCAAAAAUUCCGUUUUCUGGCAUGGAUUCAGUUCUCUGCUGAAAGAGGCCAGAAGAGGUGUGACACCUUGCGUGUUUGAGGGUGGUCUACAUGUUGCCCUUCUCAUAUAUUUAAAGCAUGUCUACUAUGUUUGUCCUAAGAGAAACAUUUCAACUAAUCGUGCUCUGUGUUUAAGAUGUGCUGGGGCAGUAGCAGCAACCCUAACGUGUCAGGGAUGCUGAUCAUAACCUUCACUGCAGAAUUCCCAUCUUGUGGGGAUGCUACAUAGUCCUGUAUCUGCCGAAAAUUGUAAUUUCUCUGUAGAUCUUCCCCCAUGGUGGUGUCACCGAUGAAUUCAAAGCAGGUGCCAUUAUUUUUUAAACACUUGAUGUUUGCUUUGGUGUUGAAUAAAAGAACUAGAUUUCUUAAAUUUU